GCAAGAUUACUCCAGUUUCUGAUCACUCGGCCUCAACUUUGGAGCCAGAAUUAUCAUAUCUACAACACCUUGACUUUUAUUACAAUAUUCUCGCAAUGAGUGAAGCCCAGAAUACGGCUCUCGGCUCCCCCGAGAUCCUUGAGCAGAUCCUUCUCCACCUAGACAUGAGAAGUCUCCUCACAUCCGCUCAACGUGUUUGCCAGGCGUGGCACAAUCUCACCACCCAGUCCCCAUCUCUUCAAAAACAUCUCUUUUUCAAACCCGAAACCUCGCCGACAGCAGUAACAAAAGUAGCAAAUCCGCUUCUUCAAGAACUCUUUCCCCACUGGUUCUGGUCUUGGGAUAUAAAAGAACAGGCGAAACCGUUCUGGAAGAAAGACCUGGAGAACCUGCCACUUGCCAGCGAUGAAAGAAACGCAGUAUUUAUGAAUGAAAGUGCAAGUUGGAGGAGAAUGUUGACAACACAACCGCCAAUUCGAUCAUUUAUCCGCUGCGAGACUGUGAGCGCCCAACUCGGCGAAAGUAGCAAUUUAGCACGUGUUGAAUCUACAGGUAUCAAUAAGAUGGAUCUUUCUAGUGAUAAUAAACCUGAAGAGAAUUCAGAUCCAGAAGAUAUGCCAGAGAAAGACUCACUGAAUCCGGUACGGAUGGAUAAGUUCUACGACUUGAUUACGUGCGGUAGUGGGAUAGCUCAUCAUUGGUACUUUCUUUGGAAUCAUGACGGAAAGCUAAGUAUACCUUUCAGUCUCAACCGCCAGGCAAUUGGAGAUAGGGUGCAGAAGGAAGUCACACGUGGCUUUAAAGAGGAUGGGUUGGUGAUGUUCGAAUUCUCGACCUUCCAAUGUUCGGUUGGCUCUACUCCCUGGGCAUUCGAGGAUAAAUUUGUCUUUGACAAGGAACGUCGGGGUUCCAGGUCAAGAUACCGAAGUCCAGUUUUCAGAGAAAUGGAAGCGAAACGACGAGCUGAAGUCCUAGCCUUAUAAAAGGCUGAAAACCAAACUACAAAUGGAAAUUGAAAACAUUUCUCAUCUAGCCCUCCGUUGGAUUGAUGGCCUUUUGUAUGCAACGUCUAUACCCGCCAAAGAAACCAUAUUAUUUAAAUUUCGUUGCUGAAAAUAUUUUAAUCCAAAAAUUACGUUUAUUCGUA